AAGUCCUUGGAAGCAGAUCUUUUUGGUGGAAACAAGGCGUUCAUUAAAAGUCGAUAAAAUGAUCGCUUUCGUCAAGUUGAUUUUCUGUCUACUAGUGGCAUUUCUCCUCCAACAGGUAAUCCUUGCCGGGCAAACUCAAGUCUCAGGAUUUGCAGGGAAAACUGAAAAUUCAAGGGAUGGCAGCAUGCAGAGGAUCGAAUCACUAGCCACUGCCUCCAAAAGGACCUCUACUUUCAAUGGUGAGGAAAAUCUUCCAAACUACGACAAUGUUUUUACUGCGAACGAGAGAGCAAAAAUCUCUCCAGAAGAAGUGUUAGGUACUAAGGAAUUUCUGAAAUAUUUCAACAGAAACUUCCUUCAAAUGCCCAAAGGUGCUGCAUUACCCACCAUACCCACCUUAGAACCGUCGACAAUCACAACUCCUACAGCACCUACAACUCCGACGAUUCCCACUUUGCCACCAAUUUCUUCACUCCGUAAACGAUCCGUAGGUGCUGCACUACCCACCAUACCCACCUUAGAGCCGUCGACAAUCACAACUCCUACAGCACCUACAGCACCUACAACUCCGACGAUUCCCACCUUGCCACCAAUUUCUUCACUCCGUAAACGAUCCGUAGGUGCUGCACUACCCACCAUACCCACCUUAGAGCCGUCGACAAUCACAACUCCUACAGCACCUACAGCACCUACAACUCCGACGAUUCCCACCUUGCCACCAAUCUCUUCACUCCGUAAACGAUCCGUAGGUGCUGCACUACCCACCAUACCCACCUUAGAACCGUCGACAAUCACAACUCCUACAGCUCCUACAGCACCUACAGCACCUACAGCACCUACAACUCCGAUGAUUCCCACAUUGCCACCAUUUUUUUCACUCCGUGAAUGAUCCAUUGCUGCUGCAGUAACCACAUCCCUACAGGGCUCUGACUUUCGGAUUUUCCACGUCACGUACAGAUCCUAGAAUGCCUGCAUACCUAAUAUAGACGUUUCUGAGUUUUGGUACUGUAAAAAAAUAACUAUGUCAAACGAGUUAUACUUGCAAAUAAAGUAAUUUCAGUCACUAUCGAAAA